AUGCUGACGCAUGCGAACCUGAGGACGCACCUGGCCGUGUUUAGUGACAAUAACGGGAAUGACGGCGCCGGAGUCAAUGCGGUAACUAUCCGCAGCACAUUUCGUACAAACAAAUGGCUUGCACUCGGUGCUGCAUCGAGUACGAUCUUCGUGGUUGUUGGCUUGCCCAACUCAUUCGGUGUCUUUCAGAGCUACUACGAGUCCGAGUUAUUUCCAUCAGUCCGUUCGUCGCAGAUCACCCCCAUGGGAUCAACCUCGUCUAGUUUUUACAUGAUCCUAGGGGCACUCACGGGAAGAUUCGCAGAUACAAUGGGAUACCAGACGUCGAUGGUAGUCGGCAACGUACUCGUGGCCGGCGCCCUCUCCGCUGCUAGCGUAUCCGGGGAGCUCUACCAAUUGUACCUCUCGCAAGGAGUCAUGUCUGGUUUAGGAUCGUCCUUCGUGUACCACCCAGCCGUAACCAUAUCUGGACAGUACUUCGGCCCUCGUCAUCAUGCCCUGGCAAAUGGUGUCAUCCUCUCUGGCGGCGCUUGA